CCACUCGGACACAGUCGAUGGUAUCAUGAAAUGUAUUAUUGAGGAGGUUCCGUAGCCAACCAAUCUUGAAGACGCUUUUCAUCAAGCAAGAGAGAGAGAGAGAGAGAGAGAGAGAGAAAGAGAGAGUUGCUGCUACUUCAUAAUACCUCUCUCGCCCUUAGCAACAAGAUGGGGUACGAGAUGCUCCUAAUUAAGAGCCCGCACCGGAUGGAGUCACGAAAGCUUGGAUUGGCUCUCCUCGUAGGAUUCUGCAUCGGCGUCGUCACCAGUUUCAUCUCCAUCACGCUGUCUACAGCUGAACAACAGUUUUCCUUGGCCUACGGUGCUCGCGCCAAUCCUUCGCCGGAGAUCAACCUUCAUCCACACAUAUCAGGCCGAUCCGCCACUGGUGUCAUCAGAAUGAAGCAGACUUCACCGUCGACCAACUACGCCGCUCAUUCGACAGGACAAACUAAAGAUGAUGCUGUGGAAUUAGCAAGCGGAAAGGAGACAGAGGAGGCCAAUCAUGGAGAGAAUGAGGCCGAGAGAGUGCAGCACACAACCCAGAAGCAAGAAGCAAUCGAAUCUAAGCCACCAGGUACAGGUGAUCGUUUCAACGAGCAUAUCGGUUUCGAGCGCGGUGAAGCUACCAAGGCAGCUUGCGAUCUUUCCAAUCCAAGAACCGAUGUCUGCGAGCUUCACGGAGAUGUUCGAAUUCACGGGAAGUCUUCCUCUGUGGUUCUUGUCAGUGCCGAUCGCGAACCACGCAAUCCAGAAAGAAGACAGUCGUGGCAGAUCAAGCCUUAUGCUCGCAAGUUCGACAAGGCAGCGAUGGCGCACAUCCAGCAAGUGUCGGUGAGAUCGUCGAAUGGCCUCGGAGACGACGUCCCUCGCUGCACCGCCAACCACAGCGUCCCCGCCGUCGUGUUCGCGAUCGGAGGGUACAGCGGCAACUACUACCACGACUUCACCGACGUCCUUGUUCCGCUGUUCAUAACCUCGCGACGGUUUGAUGGCGAAGUCCAACUCGUGAUAGGGACGACGAAGCUAUGGUGGAUCUCCAAAUACGAGCCGAUCCUGAGGAAGCUGUCGCGGUACGAGAUCGUCUACUCUGGCAGCGACGAUCGAGUCCACUGUUACCCGCAUGCGAUCGUUGGCCUCCACAGCCACAAGGCCAUGUCCAUCGACCCCGCCAGGGCUCCAAACGGAUACUCCAUGGUCGACUUCACCAGGUUCAUGAGGAGCACCUACUCGCUGGGGAGGGAUUCCCCGAUCAGACUGGGCGACGACGGAGGCAGGAAGCCUCGGCUGCUGCUGAUCCCGAGACAGGGGACUCGGAGAUUCACCAACUUCCGGGAGAUCGUGGGGGUGGUGGAGGAGUCGGGCUUCGAGGUGGUGGUGGCGGAAGCGAAGAUGGGGAGCAAGGUGGCGGAGGUGGCGAGGUUGGUGAACUCGUGCGACGUGAUGAUGGGGGUGCACGGCGCCGGCCUCACCAACUUCGUGUUCCUGCCGACCGGCGCGGUGAUCAUUCAGGUAGUCCCCUUCGGCAAUCUGGAGAACAUCUCCCGGUCUUGCUUUGGGUACUCAUCGGAGGACGCCAAGCUGCACUACCUGGAGUACAGCAUAAGGGAGGAGGAGAGCAGUCUGAUCGAGCAGUACCCGAGAGACCACCCUGUGUUCAAGGACCCCAAGUCGAUUCACAGGAAGGGAUGGAACAAGAUGGGGGAGGUGUACUUGGACAAGCAGAACGUGAAGCUGGACGUGAACAGGUUCAGACCUCUUCUGCUGAAAGCCCGACAGCUUCUCCAUCGAUGAAUAGGAUAGAGAAGACGAAGAAGAUUAUGAUGAUUUGUGAUUUGCUUUCUCUUCUGAUCGGGUGACAAACAAGGAGAUGGAUUUCACACUGUAUAAUAGCUGAGCUCUGUUCCUCAAUCAGGAACAUGAUUUCUCUCUUUCAA